AUGAGCGACCAAUCCCAAGUCGAUGUCGGACACAAGCGUGGCCGGAGAGUCACGGCGUGCAUAGAGUGUCGCAAGAGGAAGAAGAAAUGUGACCGUCGGUGGCCAUGCAACUACUGCCGGAGACGACAGUCGGCCCAUGAAUGCAAAUAUGAGAGCAAGGUAGCUCCAGGGUCGAACGAGCCUGCUGCAGACCAAGUCACGCAUAGUUCCAUGCAAGGGCAUGUUUCUGUCGGUGGCUCUGCAGAAGCUUCCGCUGCCGUUAUAUCCCUCGGGUACAUGGACGACCCAGUGCUCAACAUGAUUGCAAGCACGGCUCAGGCAAACGACACAGCAAAAUCGCUGGAGCUGUCAGGUCCAGUAGUUCAAGCCUCUCGUGCCGUUCCUCCACGUCCAUAUGCCGAUAUGCUCGUGCAGAGCUUCUUUGAUAACGUCAACCACCAUUACUGCAUUCUCUAUCAGCCAUCCUUCCAGGCCUCUUACGAAGCCUGGUGGUCACGCCGUCGAGAUAUCUCAUAUCUCUGCGCCAUGACGGCCAUUGCUUUUACCAGCUUGAUCCUACGUGUCUGCUCCAAUGCAAUCCAGUUUCUACCGAAAGAUGGACAAGAUAGACUAGAGUCCGAGCUCGGAGAAUCCGCAACCGAUCUCAGCCAGCUCUAUCACGAGGCCGCAAAUUCAUUGAGCGACCUUCUCCCCCCGGGCGUGGCAGGGCUCGUCAAUGCUCAGCAGCUCUUUCUUGGGGCAACUUGGUUAAAGGCUGAGGCGAACUUCCUUGAAUCGUGGCACAUGCUGGCGCGGUCAGUAAGACAGGCACAAGAGAUUGGCAUCGAUACCGAUAAGUCAACACCCGACAUGACGGGAUACGAGCUAGAUUCACGAAGGCGGCUGUGGUGCGCUCUGGACACUUGGGAUAGAUUUAUGACAGCUGUCUUCAACCGACCUCGCAUCAUAGGUUCCGAUAACUCUGUGCCAUAUCCUAGCACUACUCUCAGCCUCUCUGGCGUUAGCUCGGAUGUCCCUUCAGCAGCACUGGCCAAGGUUCUCGAGAACCAGCUCGGAAGGGUUCUAUCGGGAACCAAGCCAGGAAAUCGCUCUCUGGAAGAGAGCCUUGCAACAGUCGAAAGCUGGAUGUCUACCCUUCCACCUGUGUUCAGUCUGCUUGCCCCUGAAAAGCGAUGGGAUGAAGAUGCUCCCUGGCUGCGGUUCCAGCGGCUGCAGUUGCAUUGUGUCGGAUACAUGACCCAGCUGGCCCUCAUGAAGGCGGCAUUGGCAGUUGAGCCCCAGCAGCAAAACUACGUUGAGAAAGCUACGGAUAUCGGCAUAUUGGCUAUGCGUGUUUGUCAAGAAUUCUUCGACCUCUGCUUUCCGCCACAGGCCAAGUAUUUCAUGGUCUCGUUCUGCCCGUUUGAUGUUGCGGCGUUCCUAUGCUCGCUACUCCUCAGAGACGGGAACAGGAUAUUGUCGAAGAGAGGUGAAAUGGUGAAUGCGAUUGGCUCCGCGCUUUCGAUAUCCUUCCGACUACGAGACUAUACCAAGAUGGGAGAAUCGACAUGGGCCAUACUCAACGCCUUGGUGUCACGACUCCAACUAGAGCCGGGUGAGAAUGAGGCGCUGGGAAAUUUGGUGAGAGCUCACAAAUUAGAUGACGGAGAAUUAGAGUCAAUGCCCAGGGGUCAAGUGCUUCCGAGUGAGGGAGUUACUGUCUCCUUGAGUCAAUGGCAGAACCAAAACGUCUUUUUUGGUGAAACCGAGGGAAGUCUUGAUCUAGGGGUCUUGGAUGGAGUCUGGGACUGGCAAAGUCUGUCGAAUGAGUUUAACCUAUAG